CGCGCGAGAGAAGGACAGGGGAGGGAGCGCUCCGAGCGUCGUCGCUGGUCCCAGCUCGGUCGGCAGUCGCGCGCGGAAGAUGGCUGGGCGCGUGCUCCUGAGCCUCGCGCUCUUGCUCCUGCUCCUCCCGGGACACUCGAGCGGGGCGAAGAAAGCGAAGCAGGCCGCCGACUCCGACGUCAUCGAGGACGUGAACGGCAAGCAGCUCGAGGGUCUUCUGCAGACCGAGGAAUACCUCGCCGUCUUCUUCUAUACGAAGAUCUGCAAAAACUGCGAUGCCAUCCUGGCUGAGUUGGAGCACAUCAACGACGAAGCGGAGAAGUUCGGCGUCGCGUUCGUCAAGAACAGCGACCGGCCGACCGCAAAGAAGCUCGGCAUCACCAAGUUCCCAUCGCUCGUGUACUUCCGAAACAAGGAGCCCACCAUCUACGAAGGUGACCUGAUGGACGAAGAGAAAGUACUGGACUGGCUGACAAACUUGGAGGCCAUGGAGCUGCCGGACCGGAUAGAGGAGGUCAACGGAAAGAUUCUCGACAGUCUCAUCAAGGAGAGUCAAUACCUGGCCGUCCUCUUCUAUAAGCAGAAGCACAAGGAGUCCGAGGCGGUGCUCGCCGAACUCGAGAACAUCGACGACGAGGCGGACGCACUAGGUAUCGGCUUCGUCAAGAUCUCCGAGACCGAGGUGGCUGAGGAGUUCGGCCUAGACCAGCUGCCGGCACUGGUCUACUACCGAAAGACCAUCCCGCUACUUUACGACGGUGAUUUAAAGAACGAGGAGGACGUGCUCAAGUGGCUCCAGCAGUUCAUGGACACUGGCGACGACGCGGACAUCAUCGAGGAGGUUUCCGCGGAUGACAUGGAUGCGCUUAUCGAGAAGACCGAGAUCCUGGCCGUCUUCGUCUACGACUCGAACGACAUAAAGAGUAAAAAGAUCCUGGAGGAGCUGGAGGCGAUCGACGACGACGCCGACCAGCACGGCAUCCCGUUCGUCAAGACGGACGACGUGGAGUUUGCCAAGAAGUACGGCUGGGACACGCUGCCCAUCCUGAUAUACUUCGAGAACGAGGUGCCCACCGUGUUCAAGGGGGACCUGACCAACGAGGAGAAAGUGCUGAGCUGGCUGGUGGAGCAGAAGAUGAAGGACGAGAUCGAGGACGUGUCCGAGGACGUUUUCGACGAGCUCGUCGAGAAGGCUGACUAUCUCGCGGUACUUUUUUACAAGAAAGGGGACGCCAAGUGCGAAAAGGUUCUCAAGGAGCUGGAGAAUAUCGACGACGAGUUAGACACGCACGACAUCGCCUUCGUGAAGAUCGACGACGAGGACGUCAUUAAGGAGUACGGCAUCGACGCCGUGCCGCAGCUCAUCUACUUCGAGGACUCGAUACCGAACUUCUAUUCCGGUGAUUUGAUGAAGGAGGAGGAGGUUCUGGAAUGGCUUGUGAAGCAAAAGGAGUCCGACGAGAUCGAAGAUGUCACUCCGGAAGUGCUGGAAACGCUCAUCAAGAAGUCCAAUUUCCUGGCGGUGCUGUUCUACGACAAGGACGACCCGAGGAGCAGGGAAGUGCUCAAGGAGCUAGAAAACAUCGAUGACGACGCUGACGCGCACGACCUGCCCUUCAUCAAGAUCGACGACGACGAGGUGGCCCGCAACUACGGCAUCGACGACGAGCUGCCCCUGCUUGUCUACUUCGAGAAGGAGAUACCGAACAUCUACGAAGGCGACCUGACGAAGGAGGAGGUGGUGAUCGAGUGGCUGCUGCACCAGAUGAAGUCGGACGCCAUCGAGGAAGUGAGCGACAAGAUCCUGGACUCGCUCAUCGAGAAGCACCCCCAUGUCGCCGUGCUCUUCUACAAAGAGAACGACAAGAAGUCGGAGAAGAUCCUGACCGAGUUGGAGAACAUCGACGACGAGGCAGACGACCAUGACAUUGUGUUCCUCAAGACAAACGACCCGGAGGCAGCAGAGAAGCACGGAAUCGAGAGCUUUCCCAAGCUUGUAUUCUACGACAACGAGAUUCCCAACCUGUACGAUGGAGACUUGAUGGAUGAAGACAAAGUCCUAGCCUGGUUUAUCAAGCAAAAAGAAUCAGAAGAAAUUGAGGAAAUUACAGAGAAGAUGCUGUUCGAGCUUAUAGACGAAAACCCUUUCCUGGUAGUCUUGUUCUAUGACAAGGACGACAAAGCAAGUGCCGAGGUCCUCGCUGAGCUGGAGAACAUUGAUGACGACCUGGACAAGCACAACGUCCCCUUCGUCAAGAUCGACGACGACAGCGUGGCCAAGGACUUCGGCAUCCUCGACGAGCUGCCUGCCAUCGUGUACUUCGAGGACAAGAUCCCAAACGUCUACGAAGGCAAUCUGAAAGACGAAGAAGAGGUCCUGAAGUGGGUCCUGCACCAAAAGUCAGAGGAUACCAUUGAGGAGGUCACCGAAGAAAUACUGGAAAUGCUGCUCCGUCAAAAAGAAUACGUCAUGGUGUUCUUCGCGCCUGAUAACUGCAAGGAGUGCCCGAAAAUCCUGGCAGAGCUCGAAAAUAUUGAUGACGAGUCCGACGAUCACGGCAUAAUUAUCGUGACCACCGAUGACACCAAGUUGGCCAAAAAGCAGGCCGGAGUGACCCGUCUUCCGGCCAUCGUCUUGUUCAGGAAUGGUCAGCCUGUUCAUUACAAAGGAGACCUUAUGGACGAAGAUGAGAUUCUGAAGUGGAUGACGAGCGAGGAGACCUUGGACAUCCCAGAUCAAAUAGAGAGUGUCAACCAGAAGAUGUUGGAGAAACUGCUGAGCACUAGCGACUACGUGGCAGUUUUCUUCACUAAGCCCAAGUGCGCGGAAUGCGACAAGGUUCUUGCCGAGCUCGAAAACAUCGACGACGAAGCAGAGGCAUUGGACAUCGACUUCGUCAAGGUCACCGACCCAAAGAUAGCCAAGGCUUACGAGAUCGUUUCGCUGCCUGCCCUGGUGUUCUUCAAGAAGAAGUUUCCUCAGUACUACGAUGGAAACCUCAAGGACGAAGACCAAGUGCUCAAGUGGCUGACUGAAAUGAAGGAGAGGUCCGACGAUGAGAUCGAGCUCGUCGAUCGCAGGAUGCUGGAGAUGCUCUUGCAGGACAUGGAAAGCGUCGCCGUUUUUUUCUUCUCCGAUGACUGUCCCGACUGUGACAAGGUGCUGGCGGAACUGGAGAACAUCGACGACGACACCGACAAGCAGGGCAUCUACUUCGUCAAGAUCGAUGACGAAGCGUACGCCAAGGAGCUCGGCGUGUCCGAGUAUCCGUCCCUGGUCUACUUCGAGCACGGCUCGCCAAGCAUCUACGUGGGUGAUCUCACGAAGGAGGAGAACGUGCUGGAGUGGUUGGUACAGCAGAAGAACGAAGACACCAUCGAGAACAUCAACAGGGACAUGCUCAACAAAAUGAUCAUCGACACCGACUAUUUGGCAGUUUUCUUUUACCUAGAAGAUGAUGACGAGAGCAAGGAGAUGCUGUUGCAUUUGGAAAACAUCGACGACGACUGCAGCGACUACGAGGUGCACCUGGUCAAGAUGCAGGACAACUUGAUGGCCAAGAAGUACGGCAUCCGGAACCCGCCAGGACUCGCCUACUUCCGGCACGGCAAACACCUCAGGUUCACCGGAGAUCUUUUCGACGAAGAGGAAGUGCUGGAGUGGCUCACCAAUCCAGAAAACAUGGAAAUGGAUGACGCCAUCGAGAGAGUGAACAGGCGGAUGUUCGAAAGGAUCCUGGCCAAGUCUGAGUACCUGACCGUGUUCUUCUACAGCAAGACGGGCUGCAAGCAAUGCGUGAAGGUUCUCGAGGAGCUCGAGAAGAUCGACGACGACGCGGACGCGCACGGCAUCAACAUGGUGAAGAUCGACGACAUGGCGCUCGCCAAGAAGUACGGCGUGUUCGCCAUCCCGGCCAUCCUGUUCUUCCGCAACGACGACAAGGAUCCCGUCAUCUACGCUGGUCGGUGGCUCUCCUCCGGUGACGACGGUGGUGACUUCAAGAACGGCGAGCACAUCCUCGAGUGGAUUCUACUGCAAAAGAACCCCGGAAGUGAAAUCAUCGAAGAUGUAGACGGAGAAGGGCUGAAGAAGCUAAUCAAGGCGGCGAAGUAUCUGGCGGUUUUAUUCUAUUCGGACGGGUCCGAAUGUGAGGAUUGCAAAAGCGUACUGGAUGAGCUGGAGAACAUUGACGACGACACAGACCGCCACGGAAUCCAGUUCGUCAAGACAACCGACAUUGCCAUGGCCCAGGAGUACGGCGUCAAGGAACUGCCAGCGCUUGUCUAUUUCGAGAACCAAAUACCCAACGUGUACGAAGGUGACCUCGGCGCAGAAGAGGAAGUUCUUCAGUGGCUCGUCUUGCAAAAGUCAGAAGACACGAUCGAAACUGUGAACCGUGACAUGAUGGAUCGGCUCAUUGAGGAAACGCAGUAUUUGGCAGUUUUCUUCUACAAGCCCAAUUGCAAAGCUUGUGACCAAGCCCUGCAAGAGCUGGAGAACAUUGACGAUGAUGCCGACCUGUACGGCAUCCACAUGGUCAAAAUUCAGGACCCGUCGCUGGCCAAGCGAUACGGCAUCAAAACAUUCCCUGCUCUGGUUUACUUCCGCAAUGCCAACCCACUCAUAUAUGACGGCGACAUCAAGAAUGAAGAGGCCGUGUUCGAAUGGCUCAUUGACGACGACAACCGGGAACUGGCCGACGAAAUCGAGGCCGUCAAUAAGAGGAUGCUCGACAAGCUGGUGGACGACUCGCCUUUCCUCGCCGUUCUCUUCUACGAAGAAGACUGCGAGGACUGCGAAAAGGUUCUCAAAGAGCUCGAGAACAUUGACGACGAGGCCGACGUGUUUGGCAUUGAUUUCGUGAAGAUCAACGACUUCGAAGCAGCGAUGCAGUUCGGCGUGUCAACAUUCCCGACACUGGUCUACUUCCGGAAGAAGACCCCGGUCGUGUACGACGGUGACCUACUGAACGAGGAGAAGGUGCUGGCUUGGCUCACCAGUCACGAGAACAUCGAGCUCAAGGACGAGAUUGAGGAGGUCAACCGGAAGAUGCUCGACAAACUGCUCGACGAAAACGAUUUCGUCGCCGUGUUCUUCUAUGACAGCAACUGUCCGAAGUGUGAUAGCGUGUUAGCUGAGCUGGAGAACAUUGAUGAUGAAGUGGACGACCUUGACGUAACCUUCGUCAAGAUUAAUGACGUCAAGUACGCCAGAAAGUACGGCAUCGCCCAGGUUCCAGCCAUCGUUUAUUUCCGGAGGAAGUUUCCUUCAAUCUUCAGAGGUGACCUGAUGAAAGAAGAGGAGGUCCUGGAGUGGCUGAAAAAAAAUCGGUACAGGCAUCCUGAACUGAGCCUCUUCAUGUACGCACUGAUAGCCAUAUCGACAGCGUUCGUCCUCUACACGCUCUUUCUCAUCUUCUGCAUGAAGGCGCCUCGUGAAAAGAAAGAGUGAUCGCUGCGCACAGCUCGCCCCCCGCCUUCUCUCGCGCACCCAGUAUGACCAAAUGUCGCGACUCUGUACCACGACAUGUGCGUCCCGAGAGAGGUCACGCCGAGUCCUGCUGGUCGCACUCGGGCCGCGUGUAGCUGAGGCGAAGGCAGUUCAGCCUGGUGGCGAACGGAUGCGCGGAGCGAGAAGCCUUUCGGAGGAUAAGCUCACCAAUGGCGGGCGACCCCAUAACGUCACACGCAGCAGGGAGAAUAAAGGGGGGGAGUAGAGUUACUGUAUAGGCUCCCUUGAGCCUAUACAGUAACCCUAAGGAGGAGUAUCUAUGGCCUGUUGGUAAGAAGCGAAACCAAGAUCGGUUUAAAUGACGAAACUAUACGGCAACGACCACGGCGGCGGAACCGUGGCAGCAAGAUGACGCCAGCAUGGGACGGGCUCAAAAUUUCUCCAAACGUUCGUGACGUUACGUGACCGCGGUGUCCUCCUGUCCGUUCCUUGCUCCGUGCCUACAACGCAGUGAAAGGAACCACAUCCCUGUGAUGGUAUUUUAGCUAUAGAGACGUACAGUGUGACGGCGCAGUCUUUGGUGGAAGUAGAUGAACCGUUUAAACGCAAGGGCAUGGCUGUCGUCCAGCCGCAGGGUGAGGCUGCUAUGGUACUCCUGGCGAUUCCAUGCUCAAUGAAGCCAGUCUUAUUGUCCUCGGUAUGCAUAAGUGCAGUGCGUCAGAAUGUAUACAAUGCAGUCUGUGUACUUCUGGCGAAGCCACAAUCAAGUUGAAAAUGGGAAAUAGGCACAUUACGGGACCUUUGCACGCAGAAUUGGGUGAGCUAGCGCUUUUUCCUCCUAAAAGUAAUAAAUUAAUCGCGCUAGUUUACUUCGAACAGGCCAUCGUUCUGUUGAUACAUGGAAAGAAAUACAUGCUAGGCACCUGUUUGAAUCAUCGUUCAUGUUACAUCUUUAAUAAUUUGAAUUUAUGUCGCUCCAACGUGGUAGAACCGUAAGGGCCGCGCAAUAACGUGAGGUGUGAUGGUUGGUAUAUAGAACAUUCAAUCGUCAACAGUAUAAGUGAUUCGGUCAAAUACAUAUUUCAUUAUUGUCCAAUAAAUUAGGAAAACAUUGUCUUAUAUCUGCAUGAUCCUGUGCAUUGAGUAAACAAUCACUGCGCUCUUACGUUGUUAUAUGUGGACUACUGUGUGAAAACCAACCGUGAGCUAGAUGUCGUAUCGUAUUUUUAGGGAAUAUAAAUAAAUGGUGCACCCCAAUUUCUUACACACUGUCGUGGCAACAAACUUGUCCAUUUUGUCGACAAAUCCAUCACAACUAUAGGCUCCUGCAACGGUCAAUUCUCGUAUGUGCGUUUUAUUUUAAAUAACCGACGAGUGAUAACAGCGCACUUUUCAAGACAGAUCUCGUCUUUGCAAACAUAUCCCGUUAGAAUGGUUUGGGGAGUGCAUUGCGCUUUACAAGGCCUGCUUAGUAUGCUGUGAAGGUGUGUGGAUGCUUAUAGUGGUAAGAUAAAAAACUACAAGGAACGAUCACUCACCAUUACCAAUACAUUGUUUGUGUUUCAGAAAGUAAAACCCUGUGAGGCGAUCGGCUGUACAUCUCCUGAGAUUGUAGUGUUCGCUGACAGUCCUUCAGGUGCCUUCACAGCUUCGGCAGUUAAGCCGAAGUACAGGGAAGUGUUGAAUAUGCAGUGAAUGUAACGACACAGUCACUUGUGUCAACUGCCACUUGUCCGUUUCAUUCUUUUCCUGUUCUGAUUUCUGUACAUUGUUUAAAGGAAAUUGCACAGAUGCCUUGUUUACGACUUUGUUGUUUGUUAAACUUAUUCAAGACGUUUUUUUUUUUUGUUUUUUUCUUUUUUGCACUGGUACAACAUUAAACUCACGUUAGGUAAACUUUAUAAGUUCCAUAUAAAGAGCACGCCGUAAUUAUUCUUUGCGCACGCGUCUAAGCAAGUAGCGGAAACAUCAUUUAGGUUAUACCAAUACCUGCACAAUCUGAACAAGAAGGUGUAAUUUAUUUAAAGGUUGAAAAUGGUGAACUCUUAUAUUCCUGAAGAGGGCGUGAAUAAUCGUCACAAAUUGAAGCAUUUGCUCAGGAGUUCAACCACUUUUGGAAAACGUAACGACGAAUGCGGGAAAUUGCUCGUGUGAGCGCGUGGAGAAAUAUCUGCACCUUCUUGACAUAGUGCGCACGAUAAAUAUUUAACACGUUGGUCCACAAGCUAUACCUUCAUGCGAGCUGUACAAAAACGAUGGCGAGUUGCGCGUGGGCGUCUUCGAGGAUGAAAGAGUCUGUUCCACACACACCUCUGGAACAGUAUUGUACAGAAUUGUAAAGAUGCAUUGUAAUGAUUAUUUCCAUUGCAAUGUACUUGUGUUCAACUUUAUAUGGCGCAUAUUGCUUUGAUUGAUGAUCUGUUUGGAUGUUAAGAUCAAAAGCAGGCAUGAAGAAUGUACUAGACUUGAUGUGGAACCAUGACAGUGAACCCGCCUUCAACGGGGACCCUACCGUGGUGUAUUCGUUGUGAUCCUUCUAUUUUUAGUCUAAUUUAACAUCACCCUCUAUGCAACCAAUAAAAAGAAGCGUAGUCUAGCUUAAACACCUAGAUAAGGAAAAUUUACUGGGUUUAUAUACACACUAAUUGACCUUCAGUUAUACCCAAUAGAUACGCAAUUCUUAAGCACGUUCAAGAGUGCCACAAGGGCAAGACAUUCAGGUCAUACCGACAUGGCUAAAACGGCGACAUUGUCGAGGAACGUCUUCGUGUACCAAGUGUGUAUACAUUACCCGCUGUACAAACAGUGAAAACAAUAAAGCAACAUGUGUUUGUA